GGCCGGAGGGACUGAAUGGGAGGCAAGGUCAAGAUGUUAAAAAAUAUCUUAUGGAUAUGCUGGACCCUAACCAUAACGUACGCAUUCCGCAAAGUGAAAGUGGAAAAAAGCCCCCCCGUGAAGGGCUCCCUUGCUGGAAGAGCUGUUCUUCCUUGCUUCUUUUCAACCUUGCCUACAUUGCCCCCAAGCUACCACAAUACAAGUGAAUUUCUUCGGAUCAAAUGGUCAAAAGUUGAGCAGGAUAAAGGUGGAAAAGACCUAAGAGAACAUACAGUUUUGGUGGCCCAAAAUGGAAAUAUCAAGAUAGGAAAAGGCUACAAAGGGCGAGUGUCAGUUCCAAGCCACCCAGAAGACAUUGGUGAUGCAUCAUUGACUAUGGCGAAAUUGCGGGCAAGUGAUGCUGGUGUUUACCGCUGUGACGUUAUGUAUGGAAUUGAAGAUACUCAAGACAUCAUCUCACUGGCUGUUGAUGGUGUUGUGUUCCACUACCGGGCAGCCACCAGCAGGUACACCAUGAAUUUCAAGCAGGCUCAGGAGGCUUGUUUAGAGAAUGGUGCUGUUAUAGCACACCCCGAUCAACUGAAAGCUGCCUAUGAAGAUGGAUUUGAGCAGUGUGAUGCUGGCUGGUUGUCUGACCAGACUGUUAGGUAUCCCAUCAGACAACCCAGAGUUGGCUGCUAUGGAGACAUGAUGGGAAAGGAAGGAGUCAGAACCUAUGGACAUCGUAUUUCCAAUGAAACCUACGAUGCCUAUUGCUAUGUGGGACGCUUGAAUGGUGAUGUCUUCCAUGUAACUGCUCCCCAAAAGCUAACUUUUGAAGAAGCUAAAAGGCAGUGUGAAGCAAAGGAUGCAGUUCUCGCUUCUGUUGGGGACUUGCAUGCUGCCUGGAGGAAUGGCUUUGAUCAAUGUGACUACGGCUGGUUGGCGGACGGCAGCGUGCGCUACCCAGCUUCUGUGGCAAGAAUCCAGUGUGGAGGAGGCUUACUUGGCGUGAGAACCCUCUUUCGCUACGAGAACCAAACAGGGUUUCCGUACCCUGACAGCCGAUUUGACGCCUACUGUUUUAAACCUAAACAGAAUGUAUCAGAUUCGACAUCUGUUGAACUACAUAUACCUUUGGAAAGUGGAUCAGGCAGUUUAUUAACUGAACUGAAGAUACCGCCAUCCAAAACUUCUGUUUGGCCCGAUGUCAUACCCGGAGAAAAACAGAGAGAGAACAUACCUAAGAAACCCAUUCGUUUAUCUACUGUUCUACCUCAGACUGUUACAGACUCUACCGAUUCACCAGAAGUAACAGAAUUGUAUAAAAUGUCCACACCUACACCAUCUAUCUCAGACUUUCAUGAUGAUGCUUCCUUGAGUUAUGAAAGGCAAACUGAACAGAUAGAGGUAGGGCCAAUAAGUUCUGUAGAUGCUGUAUUCAGAGUUAACUUGAGUUAUCCUAUUGAAACCGAGACUUCUGUAACUCUAAAAAGGGAACAAACAGAACUUGGAAUCCAUCCCACAAAAGUAUCAAUGGAAGCAAAAACUGACACAAAACUCACAACUGUUGUCAUUCCCAAAGAGCUGCUCACCGAUAAGCAUAAACUUACUUUAGAAGAAGAUGACAAUGGUGCUAUUAUGACUGAUCAGAGAUCAGUGACCUCUAGCAGUGCUCCUGAGACAGAUGUUGUUAAAGUGUCAAAGACUUAUUUGAGUGAAAAUACCACAUCUAUACCAGAUGAGUUGUCCCCAGUAAGUUUAUUUGAAAGCAAGAAACCAUCAGCUACAAAGACCCAUGAGACAACAGUUUCUACAGUGACUGAUAAAGUCAAAGUGGUACAUGUGGUUUCUCCAGAAUCAAAUGGGAGCGAAGAGCAUACAGUGGCCCCUGCUGAUUCAGGUAAGAGUAAAGAUCAUGAAGGACUCAUUCCCACACAUACAACUUUAGAUGGAGAGGUGACCACAGUAUCUCAAGUGUCACCAGCUGAAAGCAGCAUGCCAUCUUUUACUCCUGCAUCAGACACUACAGAGUUACCCAGGGACAUGUCUACUGUCACAGACACAAGUAAUAUAGUAGACCUGGCAGGAGGUUUUACCAAAGAUGAAAGAGAUGAGAUGACAAGGCAUCAUGACAGAAUCACAAUGCUUGCACCCACGCCUGAAAUGAAACCAGAGAAGCCUGAAGGGAAACCAGAUCAGAAAUAUGAUUGGGCUUAUGAAGGGAGCGCAACUGAGCAGCAGCCAGAGUUAGGAACUCCAAGCAAAAUAAGUACUGUUUCUCCUCCAGUGGACAUCGAAGACGUAGCAGGCACACAGUCAGUUACAUUUACAGAGGCAGCAAAAAUGACUACUUCAGUUUCACUAGCAAAGACAGAGCCUGGUACUACCCUCAUUUACAAAACUGUAGAAGAUGGUUAUGGUCAAGACGUGGUCACUGCUGCUGUUCAUACAGAUGUCAUCAGAACAGCAACAGAGGCUGCAGCCGUUGUUCAAGGGGAAUCCAGUACUAAAGAUCAAGCUAUAGGAAAACUGGCUACAGUCCCAGACACUGCAAACUUGCCUUUGUCACCUGAACAUGAUGGAGCUGUUGAGGGAUCUGCAUAUGAGGAAAAAUAUACGACUACUGAGACUUUGGACCCAGGUGUAAAAAUUACUGUUUAUGAUGCAGGCACAAAGCCUGAACUGUCUUCCAGUGGAGAUGCUGUCACUGAACACAGAGUGACACCUACUGGAGUGUCUCCCACUAAGCCAACUGUUGAGAGUAAAAGUGGAGGAAUUCAUUCUGUAGGUCCAACAGAAUCUAUUGCUUCUGCAGCUGAAAAAUCUACAGAUACAGUAAAAAAAGGUAGCCUUACAACUCACAGUCCAGAAGGUUCAGGAACAACAGAAGAUGCCACAAGAACUGAUUCUGUUUUAUUUUCAGCUAUGGAGACAAGCAAACCGACAAUGCUAAGUGGCAUAACCACGUCUACAGUUGCUGCAGUAGACAAAAUCCAGCCUACUUCAGCAUCCAAGCCUUUAAUUACCAAAACACAACUACCUUUAAUUGACAGGGAGCCAGACGAGGAUACGAACAUAGACAUGGUAAUAAUUGAUGAAUCUAUUUCUUCCAUUAAAACCACUACUGAUGAUGAUUUUACAGGGAAGAUCACAGAACCAGAAAUCGAUACCGAAUAUUUUACAUCGUCAAGUGUUACAGCAAUUGCCGAGCCCACAGGACCAUCCAAGGAGGUUUUAGAAUCCCAAGAAGAGCCACCUCCUACUUCAAAUGCUGACACAGGGGUGGAAAGCAGCCCUGAUAUAAAUCUGUUUGUUGUUGCUAUCUCGGGCAAUGAUACAGAUCCAUUGCACAGAUUUUGGGAUUUAUUUGGUUACCAAAUUCAUCCACAUGAAAUCGAUGAACCCCCCACAGAUACUGAACCAACUCAUGAUGAACCCUGCACAGGAACCCCUGAUGAAGAGUCUUCAGAAAUCUUAAUUCUGGACCCUUUCUUCGCAGAAAUGUACCAUCUUGAAGAAGACGAGGAAGAAGAAGACUGUGAAAAUACUACUGAUGUCACAAUUCCCCCAGCAUUGCAGUUUAUCAAUGGAAAGCAUCAGGUGACCACAGCACCUAAAGAUACAAAAGCUGAAGAAGCACGGAGUGAUCAAAUUGAAAGUUUAUCUCAUUUAAAAAAUGUAACAUUUUCACAAAUCAAUGAGACAAGCCUAGUGUCUGAGAAUGAGGGCUCCAGCACAACAGUGCCAAAUGAAUCCUCAGAAAUAAUAGAAGCUACAACUACAACAAAGCCAAUGGCUGAGUCUGCCAUUAUAGAACUGGUCUUUAGUGGGGAAUCCGAAGUUUCCACUACAGAUAAAACCCUUGAAAUAACAUCAAUACAUGACCAGACUUUAUCAGACGACCUUCAUAAAACCUUACCGAAACACGCUAUUCUCAAUGCAGAAUAUUUUGGAGAUUUUAUUACCAACCCCAAAUUAAACAAAGAUAUCUCAUCACAUACUGUGAAAACAACAUUAAAAGAUUCCAAAAGGGUUUCUUCAACAACUUCAGCUGCAAAUGAGUUCUCUACAACCACCACUGUAACCAUAAACAUGGGAGAAACUACAUCAAAUGAAGCUUCUGCUCUACAAAAUGAUAAUAGACCAUCAUUUAGACCUGAGAUACUUUCCUUACUACAACAUUCUUUUGAAACAACCAGAAGUCCUAAUUCAUUGAGUACUCCAGAAGGCUCUGGAGAUGUACAAGAAGAGAAUUUCAAACCUGCAACCAUGGCAAUAAAAACAUCAGGAACAGAAGAUAUUAUUGUUUGGGAAACUUCCUCAGAUUUUGGUGCAACCGUUCCCACCAAAAAUAGCCCUGGUGUCUCACACCAUCCUGCGUCUUUGUACAAGGAAGCUACCUCUACAAUUGAGCAAGGUUCUGUAGAACCUGUUACUACUCAAUCUAUUACAGAACUAAUUUUAGAGAAAAAAGUUCUAAGCUCUACCAAAACUACAAUAAAAUUGGAAGGAGAUGAGGACAAGUCUGUGGACACCAUUUCUUCACCUAAGCAAUAUUCAGUAACUGUUGAGACAGAAAAGUUACUAUUCAAUAAUGAAUUUGCAAACUUUAGUGAUAAGGCCAGAACUGAGAGCCAAGAAUCUAUAACCCUCAGCAAAACAGCAUCAGUGACAGAUAUUCCACCACUCAAAACCAAAGACAUCACUGAGAAGAGAAUGCCUACAGUUGAAGUAUCUGGGGAUGGAUCCACAGAUGUUUGGAAGAAACCUGGCACAGACAUGCUUUUUAAUGGGCCCACAAGCAAAGUGGUAAGUACAGACUCCCCAUUUGUUGAUCCAGGUUCUGGAGACAUGGAUAUCAUGAUUCAGCCUACCUUAUCUUCAUUCCCAUUGUCUGGACCUGAAAACACUGAUAUACAAGUAAUGGAGAGAGACAUUUUUAGCACAGAUUCCUCAUCUGUGAAACAUGCAAUAACUAUUGACCCCACAAUGCCAGUGUUAAGUACUGAAUUGCAUAGGUGGGCCAUGGAAACUAUAACAAAAGGUCAAGUAUCAAAGAAUAUAGCAGACAGUGAAGGACUACUAACAGAUACGAUGAAUAUAACUACAUUGUUGUCAUUUAGUGAAAAGUCUACUCUUGAGGCAAAUGAUGAGGUGACAACAUAUCCUACAGCAACAGAACAGAAAACGGACUUAUUUGAAACAUCAGGUGUGGCAUCUGUGGAGCCUUUGAUUAACAUUACCUCUGACAUCAUUAUGACCCAUGAUGUUGAAAAUAUAAAGCCAGUAAUUGAACCCACUGAAAGUGAAAGUACUAUAAUAAUUUAUCCAAGUGCUCCUGCAAUAUUGUCAGAUAAUAUUGUUCUAGAAGGAGGCUCUGAAUAUACAAAAAAUGAAACUGUAGAAUCUGGUCAACCAGAAAGCACAAGACACUUUUCUCCAACUACCUUUACAGAUAAAACUUCCCUUAUGGAUAUGGGCUCAGGAGAUGAAUCCAGAGAUGAUGGAAGCAGUAUGAAACUAGUGCCUCAUGGUCCUGUAGAAAGAAUAGUUAAUAGUCAAUUUCCAUUGAUGGAACAGGGCUCUGGAGACAUAGACUCUUUUACUGAUCCUUCUAUAAAAACAACAGUUUUAUCCCAAUUCCUGAUAGAAAGACCUGGAGUUCAAACAACAACAAAUGAAAUAAAAGAUAGUCACAUGACAUCUAGAUAUAAUUUGUUUACAGAUGCACCUACAAAAUUUGGCAUAUAUAGUGACACUGACAUCACCACAACCAAUAUAGGAAUUGUAGGGAGAGUUUCUAAUGCACAAAAAAUGGAAGAGGAUGCACCUGUUGAGUUGGAAACAAAGGACUUUCCUGUAAGACCCACACUGAAAGAUGAAACAAAUUAUGGUGAAGAAGGCAUUUCUGAAACAUCAGGAAAAAUGGUACUUACCUCUAGUGUGGUAACAGAAGAGUCUUACAUUAAAAGUAAAGAAUCUAUAGCUGGACAGCUAGGAAUUUCAAGUGUUUCCACAUUUGUCCCAAACUCAGAAAUUAUGAAAUUUGAUGUCAGUUCUACAAAGCCGUCUUCAUUAGAUAAAACCCUCAUAAUUGAGCCUAAAAUAUUUCAAAACAAAGCCAUAAGCACUUCACCAACUUUUGGAGAGAAAGAAGAGUUGUUGGUACAAAAUGUUUACCCUACUGAAGCACCCUCUUUAAAGCACAUUCCCUCAGCACUCACAACAUAUAAGUCAGUGACCACCACAGUUGUUGGUAAUAUUCCACUGUUCUCAGAACAAGGCUCUGGAGAUGAAUUAUUUACUGUUCCAUCAACUGCUAUAUUACAUGGAAUCUCAAAUAGAUUAGAUAAUGAUAUUCUUCACUCAAAACCUUCAAGGGUUAGUUUUUCAGAGGAGGAAAUAAAGAAAUUUCAUAAUCACACCAGUAAAUCAAAUGACAGCAGCAAAUUCUUGCAUACUACAGCAGAAACAUUGCCUACAACAACAGACACAGUUGUCCUCGUUGCAACCACAGUAGAAGCUAGGUUGAUUGACUCUGAAGCAUCUACAAUAAAGUUACCCUUUCCUGAAAAGUCUCAAAACCAAGAAAAAUAUUAUCAGAAGGGAGAAAGUAUAACAUCAUCAAUACCAAUGGCUAGGGAUAUAAUUUCCCAAGGGGAGGCCAUGCAUGCAAUUAGGCAUGAAGACACAACUGCUGUAUCUGAAUUGUUCAGCGGAACCGCUAAUCUCAGAAACAUUAAAACACUUAAAACCACACUGGAACCAAAAAUGUUGAGCCCAACAGUUUAUGAAAGUUCCGGAGAAGGAUCAGGCUGGCAGGACAGCGUGGGAAAACCUUCUGAUUCACCCACUCAAUUGCCAAAAAAAGAAAUAAUACUUACAUCUGAUACCCAUGCUGAAAAUUAUUCAGUGAGCUCAGACAUAGUGACAGAUGGAUCACAAAUUAUGUUCACAUCAUUAGAAGAAAAGCAAGUGAUACCAACUUCAGCUAAGGAUCUCUCAGAGACAUCUUCUGAAGAAAGUUCUAUGAAUAUCAUUAGAGACUAUGAGGAACUUAUCCCAAUGAUUGAUGACAAAAGGAAUUACUCGGGAGAUAUUUCUAAGUUCAGUGACAUUACACUUGUUGGAUCACACCACGAUAUAACAUCAGAUGAAACAACAAUUAUAGAUGCUGACCUCUUGAAAUCAACAAAUGAAGACACAAGUGCCCAAACAAUGGUGCUCACUGAGAAACACUUAGCAUAUGAUGAUAAUACUGCCACAGCUAUUGAAAUGGAGAUUCAGAACACAACACCAGAAUUUCCUUUUACUGAUAAUGAAUUAGGGACCUUUGGAGAUAAUCAAAGGACACAUGAAAGGACAUUUGAUCACACACCAACACCAGAUGAUAUGGGUUCAGGAGAUGCUAUACCUUUUACAACAGAAAUUCCUGUCACACAUGAGUUACCUAAAAUAGCUACUUUUCUUGUCAGCUCAACCAUAUCAUCUCCAAAUAGCCCCAGAACUGGUGAAAAGGAAAAAGUAUCACAGUUUGAAAGUAAAGAUUUUUCAUCUAAAACUCUAACAGAAGACAACUCUGAAUUACAGACAUUGUCAGACAACCAAGCAAUAGCUGAUGAAAGUGAAAUUGCAUCUACUUCUGGCCUGUCAGAAAAAGGACAAAUAGAGUUGGAUGAAAAGAAAGACAUCACAUCUUUCUCUAUACCACCAUACUUACUUAUUAAGACAGGACAAACUUUGACGACAAACUCUGAAGAAGAAAGCAUCGUUUCUGUACAACUGAUUUCUCAAAGUGGCUCAGAGGAUGAAGAAACAAAUAAUGAUGGAAUAAAAACUGCACCCACAGAAUCCAUCAAAACAGAUCCAGAAAAAUUUCUUCCUGUAACUCAAACACCAAAAUCACCUGUAACUGUCCAUUUGCUAAAUGGAGCUUACAAGUACCCUGAAGAAAUCAUGUUAAGUACUGUAUCUUCAGUAGAUUCUGAAAAACACGAUUUGCCAUUGAUACAAUCCUUCAGAGAAGCUAGUGCUGAUAUUACAGCAACUUAUAAACCUCCCACUAAAGAAUCAUCAGAUAGCAUUAACUUUCUGUCAACAUCUUCUCCCAAAUUGGAAUCAGAAGGCAUGACCACUGAAAGUAUAGCUGUUUCUAGUAGACAGGAAACACAAAUGAGAGGAAAACAUGGAAGUUCUUCAUCAGAACUGAUUACUUGGGAAGAAAUAACUGUUUCUGGAGAGUCCCUUUCAAAAGAAGCUAAACCAACAGCCUUUACACAGUUAAAUGCCAAAGUGCUGAUAGACAGUCCUGAAGAAGAGAGUUCUGAAAGUGUGAGGGAAUUAAAUCAAUUAGAUGAAAACAGCGCUGAAGGAGCCUUGCCGUGGUUACACACAACAUCUUCUUCAGUACCACAUGAAAGUACAACAGGUGGAGUUUUGGAUGCUGAUGAAGAAGCUAAUACAUGGCCAGUUUUACCUCUGCCCUCUGUGGAUACAACCUUGGAAACUCAGACUGAUUUGGAUCUACAAAAGGAGCCAACACCACUUUCUUCUUACACUGUAACCAAAAGGCCACUCCCUGAAAACAUUCCUGAAUAUAACAAGCAGACAAGAAAUACUGAGGAUUUAAACACCAAUGAACUUGUAACACCACCAUUUUUACAUCUGGAUGUUAUUAAUGGAUCAGAUUUCCUGAUUGGCACAGGUGGGGGUUCAGUUGAAGGCACAGCGGUUCACAUACCAGGCCAAGAUCCAUGCAAAAGUAAUCCCUGUCUACAUGGAGGCACAUGCUAUCCACGGGACUCUUUCUACAUUUGUACAUGUAUGCCAGGCUACAGUGGUGAACGGUGUGAAAUAGAUGUUGAUGAAUGUCAGUCAAGUCCCUGCAGAAAUGGAGCCACAUGCAUUGAUGGGGUCAACACAUUUACUUGCCUUUGUCUUCCAAGUUAUGUUGGGGCUCUUUGUGAAAAAGACACUGAAACCUGUGAUUAUGGCUGGCAUAAGUUCCAAGGGCAGUGCUACAAAUACUUUGCCCAUCGUCGGACGUGGGAUGCAGCUGAAAGAGAGUGCCGUCUCCAGGGAGCCCAUCUGACGAGCAUCCUGUCUCAUGAAGAACAGCUCUUUGUGAACCGUAUUGGCCAUGACUACCAGUGGAUUGGCUUAAAUGAUAAGAUGUAUGAGAAUGACUUCCGCUGGACCGAUGGCAGUGUGUUGCAAUAUGAAAACUGGAGACCAAACCAGCCGGACAGUUUCUUUUCCGCCGGAGAGGAUUGUGUGGUUAUCAUUUGGCAUGAGAAUGGCCAGUGGAAUGAUGUGCCAUGCAAUUAUCAUCUCACAUACACCUGCAAGAAAGGAACAGUUGCUUGUGGCCAGCCUCCAGUAGUAGAAAAUGCAAAGACUUUUGGGAAGAUGAAGCCUCGUUAUGAAAUUAACACAUUGAUCAGAUAUCACUGUAAAGAUGGUUUCAUCCAGCGUCAUGUUCCAAUCAUCCGGUGCCUGGGGAAUGGUCGAUGGGAUUUACCUAAAAUUACCUGCAUGACUCCAUCUUCAUUCCAAAGGACUUAUUCUAAGAAAUAUUACUAUAAACAUUCUUCGCCAGUAAAGGGAAAUUCAUUAAACUCAUCGAAACAUUUUCAUCGUUGGAUCAGGACAUGGCAGGAUUCGAGGCGUUGAACACACUCUAGUCACCUUGGGACACUUGCCAGGCCAGCCCAAGUCCUAAGUUACUGUGCCUUUCUCUUACCAGUUAUAGGAGUAUUAUCAAGGAUUUGUGGAAAUGUAAGGACCUCACACAACACAUAUCAACAAUUGCGACAUAAUGCCACUUUGAAAAGGGAUCCAUUUCCAGCCUCUCCUGUCCGUUAAUUGUUGAGGGACCAUUUGAUGAUCUAAACCAGCAUCCUGUAAUAAUGAAAACUGUUCCAUUUUAGCACCAACAAUAAUGUAAAUAAGAUGAUUUAAUGGUGUUUAAAUGUGUGUUGUGUUCAAAAUCCUGUAUAUACAACGAGAUGUCACACUAAGUUCAGACUUAUUUAUGGCUAUCUGGCCUCAGAGGUCUUGCAUCUUUUUUUUUUUUUUUUUGCCUUGAGGUACUUCACCCGGCUGGAAAUAGUUUUAGAUAGUUUUCUGAUCUUUAA